AUGUAUUUGACAGCAGAUUCAGCUUUAUAGUUACUGUAAGAGAAAAGGAAUAAAUUCCAAGUUGAAAUUCGCCGGAAACGAACUGAAAACACAUUCUAAUAGAAACGCGCAAUUUUUGUGCAAAAUAAGGACCUUGAAUUGCUAGCAUAGUAUGCACUGGAGUAUUACAAUCGGGGAGACCUGUAGGAAUCUGAGAAUUACUUGAUAAGAUUAAAUGAAUAUGCUGACUCAUAAUAUAGCGCCAAUCUUAAAUCCAUUAACACGAUCACUUUUCUAGGUGAGAUUGCAACGAAUUGUGAUCCUCACAUUUUGGCUCUAGUUCUCAGCAUCUACUAAAAGAUCUAUCUGCCAGAAUGUUUAAAUCCAUAUUUACUAUCUCAAAUUUAGAGAUUUGAAAAUAGCGAGCUCGUUAAGUAAUUUGUUGUGCUUUUACACAAAAUUGCAAAAAACAACCCAAUAAAUCAUUUGGUAGAAUAAUGUGACUUCGUCUCUUAUUUGGUAGAAAUCUCACUUCUAUUAGAUAAUUUCGAAGAGUGGUUCAAAAUAGUUGAAGUGCUUGGAGCAUACAUAAAUUAACCAUCCUAUUACUUUAAGAAGUUGGUGGUGACAUGCAUUAAAUUCAUAGAACAAGACACAGAUUUGGCCACAUUUCAGAUCAUGUUAACAAUGAUAUCCUGUGAAAAAGACAACAAGAACUCUAUCAAUUACCUCCUGGCGAAUGCAGGAUUCGUCGAUCUGAUCAUGGAUCGAUUGGAGAAGAGCAUGAUGCUGUCCAUUUCCAUCAUUACGAAAAUAGUGGAAGAGUCAGAUGAAGGAACAAUCUUAUUCAUUCAACAUGGACUAUUGAAGACUCUUAGCAACUUGUAUUUCGAGAUGAGAGAGAAUCAAACAGCCUUCAUAUACAUAACAGCCAACAUUUGUUUCCUCAAAAAUGAUUAUGUCAUAACUGAAGUAGUUACAUCAGAAAUCUUCAACACCAUUCUAGCAUUGGAUGAGUAGGAAUUGGACAAAAAUGAUUUCGUUUAUAUUAGUCAAAUGCUAAAACAGUUAAUUAGGAAAUACUCCAACGAGUAACUGUAUCAUUACUUACUAACCAAAACUGACUAUGUGUAUAUGUUAGGUCAUAUGAUGAAACAAUAUGAGUUGCCAGAAGUGAUACAGAAUACGAUAUCGUGUGUGUUGCAUAUGGCUAAUUCACAAUCUGAUGAGUUGACUAAAUUGUUUAGAUAUAAAAUAAGUGGUAAACCAAUUGAAUCAGUGCUUACGAACAUUCAAUACUUAUUUUAGGAUAUUAAUAUCAUAGAAAAAGUUUAUGAUUUUUUGAAUAUUAAAUAUGAUUGA